GUUUACAGGCAGAGAGCAGCUGGCUGCACGAGCCCUUGGCUGGUAGCGUGGAGUUGAAUCCAGAGACAGGCAGGCAGGAGGUCGCUGUAGUAGUUUCUUUAAAAAGUUGCAUAAAGUCGCAGGUGAACCAGUCCAGGGUGUGUCGUUUAGAUGGUGACCGACUCCAGACUUCGAGGUAACGACUUGUUGAUAUGAAAGAGUCGCUCAGGGCGGAAAACUACUCCAUUUAGUUCGGGCUCGCUUACUUCUGCAUGGUCGCUAGCUAGCUAACUGUUAGCUGCAGGAGCUACUUGGCUAGCUGGCUAGCGAGGUCCAGCCCAAAAGUUGUUUACCACAAGUUGUGGAUGUGGUCACCCCUUGAGCUUUUCACGACUUUUCUCUGGGAUAAGAGAGCAAGGACCAAAAAAAUCACACUGGAUUUAACACUGCGCGCUGUUAGGAAACUAGCAGGAUGUCCGCAGAGGUUGAGAGUAGUCAGGUUUACUCAGGUUUGACAGCGGCCAGCUCCAGCGUAGCUGAGGAGAAGAGCCAAAACAAGUCCGAUGGGACUCCUCUGCAGAAAGAACGCGAAGAACAGGGGCAGAAAGACUCGGAAAAGCAGCUAGCAGAUGGCCACAGCUCCGAGGCAGCCAAGAGCCCGACGGACAAGCACAAGAACUACAAAGAAAACGAUAAGGAAAAUGACCAAAGCAGCAACGCUGACUCGGCUGGUGAGGCGGUGAAGAGUAAAGUCGUUGACGCUCCUCCGCCGAAAACCAACCCGUGGACGAGGAGGACCACGGGCAGAGUCCCGAGCAACAAUAUCAACUCCAGCUCCCAAGAGAGAGAUCAACAAAACGCUCUGAAGGUGGUCCGUGCCAGCAAGCCCAGAACGAGAAAAUCCAGCAAGUCAAGUGACUUCAGUGAUAUCACAAACUGGCCCACACCUGGUGAACUGGCCAAAGAGCAACAGCAAAAUGUCCUCAACAACAACGGAAAGAAGCCUCCUUCCUCACGCAGAGAGAAGGAGAAGAGGAAGGAGCGGACGGAGAGGAAGUCUGAGAGCAGCCAUGACGGCGGCGAGAGUAAAGAGAACCAGGAGGCUCAGCUGGACCCGCUGGGAGAGCAGCCCAAAGACGGGGAGCCCAAGGCGAUGCAGGACGCCAAGAGCGCCGCCCUGAAGAAGAGAGGAGGUGAGGGCAACAAACGUAAGUGGGUUUCUCUGCCGCUGGAGGAAGCGUCCCGGGACGACGGCGACAAGACGCCCGGCGUGGGCCGGACGCGCUCGGACACAGAGCCAGCCAGCGACUCGCCUGACCCCACGUCGCCCAAUCAGACACUCCGUAAUAACAGGGCGCAUGAUAGCAGCAGGAGUUGGAGACGAGAGCAGCGGGACUUUGGGGAAGACGGCGCCAGCGUCCGGAGCGACGGUGGGAGCGUUCGUGGAGGAAUACGAGGCCGAGGCAAAGGUCGUGGGCGCGGGAGAGGUCGUGGGCGAGGCCGUUACGAAUACUCUCAGAGCUUCCAGGACUCGUCUGACGGCUCCGUUCAGGUCCCCUCGGAGUUUGGCACCAACAUGGUUUACUACUACGAUGACGGCAACAAGGUCCAGAUGUACACUGUGGAUGAAAAGCUUCUUAAAGAAUACAUCAAACGCCAAAUCGAGUACUACUUCAGCCUCCAUAACCUGGAGCGAGACUUCUUCCUGAGGAGAAAGAUGGACGUGCAGGGCUUCCUCCCCAUCUCGCUCAUCGCCAGCUUCCACAGAGUGCAGGCCCUCACCAUGGACAUCAACCUCAUCAUGGAGGCUCUGAAGAGCAGCAAAGAGCUGGAGGUGGUGGACGACAAGGUUCGCUGUAAGGCCGACCCGGAGCGCUGGCCCAUCCCCACCCCGACCAUCGUGGGCUCCCCUCGGACCGACUUCUCCCAGCUCAUCAACUGUCCCGAGUUUGUUCCUCGACAGACUCUGAACUCCACAAACUCCGCUUCGUCGCCUGUGAAGAAGACUCCUCCUGAGUCCUCUGAGCCUCAGGACUCGGCUGAACCCAGCUCCGGCAGCCAGGAGUCGCUCCCAGACUCGGACGCUUCCAAAGACGCCCCCGCCCCCCCGCAGCCCGACCCUGACGCGUGGAUCCAGGUGGAGAAACGCCACCGACAGCCCUCUGGAAAGCCAAAGGAGGCAUCUCCACGCAGCCACCAGGAUCCUCCACAGGCUGAGCCCGACCAGGAGGAGCUGGACUUCCUGUUUGAUGAAGAGAUGGAGCAGAUGGCGCCCCGUAAAAACAAGUUCACCGACUGGUCAGACGAAGACGACUCGGACUACGAGCUGGACGACCAGGACGUCAACAAGAUCCUCAUUGUCACCCAGACGCCCCCUUAUCUCCGUAAGCACCCCGCUGGCGACCGGACGGGCAACCACGAGUCCCGAGCCAAGAUCACUGCGGACCUGGCCAAGGCCAUCAACGACGGGCUGUACUACUACGAACAGGACCUGUGGAAGGGAGAGGAUCAGGUCGAGUGCAGCAAGCAGGAAGUGGAGAACUUCAAGAAGCUGAAUGUCAUCACUCAAGAUGAGUUCGACACGCUCACCCCGAAAGUGCCCGUUGACGCAAACCAGGAAGUCCCGCCUCCUCCCAUGCCAGUGGACAGCGGCGCAGAAUUGGCCCGCUCUCUGCCUACAACGGUCCCAGAGUCGCCCCACGCUCACCAGCCCCGAACCCCCAGGACGCCUCGCACCCCCGGACGCCAGGACCCCAACAAGACGCCUCGUUUCUACCCCGUCAUGAAGGAGAGCGGCACCCUCGACGGACAGACCCCGAGGAAGAAGAAAACCAGCCACAGUUCGAACCCGCCUCAGGAAGCCCACAUCGGCUGGGUGAUGGACUCCCGUGAACACCGGCCGCGCUCCGCGUCCAUCAGCAGCUCCAACGCCUCUCCGUCAGAAGGAGCUCCGCUGACAGGAAGUUACGGCUGCACCCCUCAGUCUCUGCCCAAAUUCUGGCAUCCAUCCCACGAGCUGCUGAGGGACAACGGCUUCACUCAGCAGGGAUACCACAAGUACCGCCGACGGUGCCUGAACGAGAGGAAACGGUUGGGGGUCGGCCAGUCGCAGGAGAUGAACACUCUGUUCAGGUUCUGGUCCUUUUUCCUGAGGGACAACUUCAACAGAAAGAUGUACGAGGAGUUCAAACAGUACGCGGUGGAAGACGCCAAAGAAAACAACAGGUACGGACUGGAGUGUCUCUUCAGAUUCUACAGCUACGGUUUGGAGAAGAGAUUCAGGUUAGAUCUGUUCAAGGACUUCCAAGAAGAGACCCUCAAGGACUUUGAGAAAGGUCAGCUGUACGGACUGGAGAAGUUCUGGGCCUUCCUGAAAUACUCCAAGAUGAAGAACCAGCCCAUUGACCCGAAGCUGCAGGAACACCUCUCCCAGUUCAAGAACCUGGAGGACUUCAGGGUGGUGCCCCCGAUGGGAGAGGAGGGAGGAAGGAGGAGACGUCACUCCUCCUCGGCCGGGGAUGAUGGGAGGCGUCGGCGACAUCCUUCCAACUCUACCUCAAAGCCUGCGCAGGCCUCCAAAGCCUCCAACGCCGCCGCCAUGCAAAACUUACCCAAAGACAACGCCCAGAAAACAGCAGCAGCCGCUGCCACCCAAGGCAAGAAGACCGAGCCCGGAGGCGGGAAGAAGGAAAGUGCACCAAACAAAUGAAGCCCCCUCCUCUAGGUGUGGGUUUGGAUAGAAGAGAUGGAGAGCGAGGUGGCGGCUGCGGCGGCAGCUGCGGCGGCGGCGGCGGCUGUAGCAGCAGUUCUGAGCUCAGCGUUUGCUCUUUUCAGCUGCAAACUGUGUUGGUAUGAAGAGCAGCUGAGCGUGGUUGACUUAAUUUGAUUGUUUUUAUCUUUGCAUUUCAUUUUAAAGCAAGCAAUGCAUAGGCAGUGAGCUUGAAUCUGCGCCUGUCAGCUCAUAACGUUUACAAAGAAAAAAAAAUGCAUUCCCUGCAUUUUGCCUUUUUAUUCUCUCGUUUGCCAAACUCCCUCCACGAUCUGUAAACAGCUCCGUCUGUGAAGAGCUCUCGGCCUGUUAAACUGUGAUUCGAAUUUGCCAAGAUAAGAGAAACUGCAGGUAGUCUCGUGUGCCUUAAUCUGAUUCGCCAGGAAGACGGCAGGUCAUCUGGGGUUUGAACGUUUUUGAAACUGACGCCACUCGCCGGUUUUCUAAAUAGCUUCCGUUUUCUUUAUCACGACAAUCAAGUCGACAGCUGCAGUCAUAAGUUUGUGAAGGACUGACCCCGGUGGCUGCGUCACCAUGCAGAUGUGUGCUGAUGUUUUUAAUUCUGACAGAUGGCCGUCACAGCUAAAGCAUCCUGCUGGGUUUUCAAUUAAAACCUGCAGAAAUAAUGACAGAUAUUAUCUGGGAAGCUUUAAGUCCCGUUUUACACCCAGAGGUAGUAUAAUUUAUUGUUUAUUUUUGUUUUUAUUUUUCCAUGUACUUGAUUUGAUGGAAUAGUCUUUAGGUAAUCAUUGCAGUUUUUAAUGGCUUUUGCUAUUGAAUAUGAUAAUAAAUGGAAUAUUUCUGCUGGAAUUGUGGGUGUGAAUUAGCGUCGUAAGACUACAGUAUAUUUUAGCUUGAAGUUUACUUCAUAUUAUGUUUGAGGCUUAGUGCUUUAGAGCACUUAAAUCUUUCCUUUUACUUUAUUGAUGAACUUAAAAGAGGUUUUAGAGUUGGAUUUAAAGAAAAAAAAUGUAAAUACUAUAAAAAAUCAUUUGCUAUUCAAUCAUUUUGAUUUUAAUAAGUGAUUUAUUCUCCCAGUAGUGUGGUUUUGAGUGCGUUCUAGGAUAAAGCGAUGCAUGUUAAUGCCUUGAGUCUUGAAUUGUAAAAUGCAAAAAAAUAUAAAAUAACAGUUGAUUGUAA